AUGCAUCCAUUCACUUCCAAACCAGAGCCAACAACAUGCAUCAGCUUCAACUUGCGUGAGUUCAAAUUUGCUCAGACACUGAUUUUUGCAAUUGAGGAGAUUAAUAAUAGCACACAACUGUUGCCUGGUGUUUCUUUGGGCUAUAAGAUAUAUGAUUCCUGUAGCUCUGUAGCUCUGACUGUACUCUCAGGCAUGGCUUUGAUGAAUGGUUAUGAAGAGACUUUAAGUGAUACAUCCUGCUCUAGACCACCAGCUGUUCAUGCCAUUGUUGGAGAAUCAAACUCCUCUCCCACCAUUGGUUUGGCAUCUUUAGUUGGUCCAUUCAGCUUACCUGUUAUUAGUCAUUUUGCCACAUGUGCAUGCCUGAGUAACAGAAAAAUGUAUCCAUCCUUCUUCAGAACAAUACCCAGUGAUUAUUAUCAAAGCAGAGCACUAGCCAAACUUGUCAAGCACUUUGGCUGGACCUGGGUUGGGACAGUAAGGAGUCGCAGUGACUAUGGUAGUAAUGGCAUUGCAGCAUUUGAGGAGUCUGCAAAAGAAGAAGGGAUUUGUAUUGAAUACUCAGAGGCCAUAUUUAAAACUGAUCCACAAGACCAGUUCCUGAAGACGGUGGAAGUGAUAAAAAAGGGCACCGCCAGGGUGGUACUGGCUUUUAUUGCAUUAGGAGAUUUUGUUCCCCUCCUGAAAGUAAUUUCACAGCACAACAUCACAGGAAUACAAUGGGUUGGUAGUGAGUCCUGGAUCACUUCCCGAACUCUUGCAGAAACAAAGGAAUACAGUUUUCUUUCUGGAGCUGUGGGUUUUGCUAUAGCAAAUGCCAAACUUAUGGGCCUGCGGGAGUUCCUAGUGAAUGUGCACCCUGAUCAAGAACCAAACAAUGAACUGUUAAAAGAAUUCUGGGAAACAACUUUUCAGUGCUCUUUAAGUAACAGUGGUAGUGGUGGCUGUACUGGUUCAGAGAGAAUUGCAGAGCUGCAAAAUGAAUAUACUGAUGUGUCAGAGCUACGAAUAGCAAAUAAAGUGUACACUGCAGUGUAUGCUAUUGCACAAACACUACAUAAUAUAUUAAAAGACAUUAAAUCCUCCACCAAAAGCAGCAAAGGAGAACGACCAACACCACAAAAGGUGUUAGAGUAUAUCGGAGGUGUGAAGUUCACAGUCAAAACAGGUGAAGAAAUUUUCUUUGAUGCAAGUGGUAAUCCAGUGGCAAGAUAUGACCUUGUUAACUGGCAGCCUGUUCAGGAUGGAAGUCUGCAGUUUAAGAAUGUGGGCUUCUAUGACAGCUCACUGCCUUCAGAGCAACAUCUUCAAGUCAAUCAGGAACACAUUCUAUGGACAGGGGACAGUGGACAGUUGCCUGUGUCCGUGUGCAGUGAGACCUGCCCCCCUGGAACUAGGAAGGCUGUGCAAAAAGGACGACCUGUCUGCUGCUAUGACUGUAUUCCAUGUGGAGAAGGAGAAAUCAGUAAUGGCACGGGUAAAAUACAUGCUGUAUAAUUCUCAUUGAUCAAGUGACUUCAUCAUACACUUUCCAUUCAGUAAACUUUUCUUGAAAUUCUUUCACAGAUUCUAAUGACUGCUUUCCUUGUGAUUUGGAGUACUGGUCAAAUGAAAGUAAUGACAGAUGUGUAUUAAAAGUGAUUGAAUUCCUUUCCUAUACAGAA